GCGAAGAAAAAGGUCGAGCGCUCCACAGCUGCAUCGACCAGAAUCGGUAUUUUUGGUUUGGAAACUUACUUAAAUACGAACCAUGGGCAGCCCUGCGAAGCUUCAGGACCUUCCACCAAAGGGAGGAUAUCAGAAUAUUCCCUUUGCGCGAGUUCCAGCUAAAACCUACUUCAAAGGAUGGCAAAUGAUCGCCGGUUACGCGGGUAUUUCCACCGUCGGUCUGUUCCUGUACUGGCUGAACGUGAAAGAGAACCAUCGGAAUGAGAUUGAAAUGCGAUCCGCGCGGAACGUCAUCUAUCCGCUGCUACUGGCAGAGCGUGAUCGCGAGUACCUUAAGCAACUGCGACGAAACCGUGACGAGGAGGCUGAAUUGAUGAAGAAUGUUGAGGGAUGGGAGGUUGGCACCUGGUACGGAGAACCGGUCUUCAAGACCCUUCCGAAGGACAAGCUGAUCGAACCAACCUUCCAAGAAUUCUACGUGCACACCGAUUACAAACAUAUGGCUAACCGUGCCGAUGUGAAACUGAUGAAUUAAACCGUCAGCCAAAGCGGCUUCGGUGGUUUAAAAUUGUAGUUGUCCUUGGAAGUGUUGUAUAUCGAAAUAAAAGCCACCCUCUCGUGAAAAUCAGUGAA